UUGAGGAGAGACACAAAGGUAAGUAAGUAAAGCUUACCUUAUAAGAUCCAAAUUAAAGGGUUAUUGUUAGAAUUAGAGAAUAUAUAAAUAAUAUGUCUAUAGGGAUGAUGGUAGCAGCAGAAGAAAUGAUGGGGUGGGGGGUUUUAGAUGAAGGGUGGAGAAAAGGGCCAUGGACUGCUGAAGAAGACAGAUUGCUUAUUGAAUAUGUCAAGUUGCAUGGUGAAGGGAGGUGGAACUCUGUUGCUAAGCUCCAAGGGUUGAAGAGAAAUGGAAAAAGUUGUAGGUUGAGAUGGGUGAAUUACUUGAGACCAGACCUCAAGAGAGGGCAAAUAACACCUCAUGAAGAGAGGAUCAUUAUUGAGUUACAUGCUAAAUGGGGAAAUAGGUGGUCAACAAUUGCAAGAAGCUUGCCAGGAAGAACAGACAAUGAGAUCAAGAACUACUGGAGGACUCAUUUCAAGAAGAAGGCCAAGAGCUCUGCAGCAGACAACACCGAGAAAUCGCGAGCCCGGCUUCUCAGGAAGCAGCAGUUUCACCUGCAACAGCUUCAACAACAACAACAACAACAGCAGUACAACAUUCAAACAGACAUCACCAAAAAGGUCAUACCUUUGUUUGAUGAAAAUAAUGAAACCAGAGUGGCAGCCCCAAGUGUCCCUCAGGGUCAGGGAGGUGUUUUUUACCCAGAACAAGAUCAGGGCUUCUUCUUCUCACUGAUGAAUGGCUAUGUACCAUCAGUGGCAGAGGCACCCUCAAAUGAUCAGGACUCUAUCAUGUGGGAUGGACUGUGGAAUUUGGAUGACUUUCAGGGGAAUUUCUGUGCUGUGAGUGCAGCAAAUAAAAUCUGCAGCCUGCAACCUAUUGCUGCUCCUUUCUACUGA